CACUCCCAAUUCUCUCUCUCCCCACUUCUUUCUCUCUCUUCAAUCCUCCCCCUUUUCAUACUCCACACUUCCCCUCUCCUCCACACUUCUGCAACACACGAACUGCGUGUUUUCCAAACAUUUCUCUUGAACAAAUGACAGCAUCUUCCUGCUUCAAUCCCACCAAUUCCACCGGCAUGAUCUCUCAAGUGGUCCAAAUGCUCCAAACCAACUCCAAAAACGAAGCUGAUUCACAGACCAAAAUAGCAGGAGAAGAAGAAGGUUGUUCCAAAACGGUUACUCGAGAGUGUAGAAUAUGUCAAGAAGAAGAUGAUGAACAUGAAUUGGAGUCUCCCUGUGCCUGUAAUGGUACUCUCAAGUUUGCUCAUAGGAAAUGUAUUCAGAAAUGGUGCAAUAAGAAAGGGGAUAUAACCUGUGAGAUUUGCAAUCAGAUUUAUUCACCGGAUUACGCUCUUCCACCAGCUAGAACCAAUCCAGAUGUCAUGACUAUUGAUAUCAGGCAUGCGUGGGGCCCACAAAUCGAUCUCCGGGAUGCUCACUUCUUGGCUUUUGCUUCUGAGAAUCAGUUUCUUGAACCGGAUUAUGAAGAUUACGGUGUAGGAAGUAAUAACAGCAUUGCGUACCUCCGGUUUAUGGCUCUCAUUUUGAUGUUAAUAUUGCUGAUACGCCAAGCUUUGCUGGUCACAAGAGACCUCGGGAUGCUGCCAGAAUCGUCAAAAUUCUUUAACUUUCAGGUUUCGGUUCUUCAACUUGUGGGCUUACUUCUUCCAUGCUACGUGGUGGGCCGUUCAUGGAUAAUGAUUUUAAGGCAAAGAAGAAGGCAGGUUGGAUGAUGAAAAUCAGGAAAGCGGUUAUGUAUAUCCUUUCUGCUUCUUGAUGAGCGGUUUAAUGGCCGUGAAGUUGAGUGCAUUUGCAGCACCUACAACAAUGAAAGCCUCAAAGGCGAGAAAUCUUGAAAUGUAUAGAUGUUUUCAUCCUUUAUGAAUCUAGUUUCAACUGCUUCACUUGAUGCCAUCUUAUGUAAAUUGUGAAUAUUGGUGAGUUCAUUGCCUCAUUCGUCUUUCUUGCA